UUCUAUGGAGAUAGAACAGCCUAACUUAUGAGCAUAGAAACCAAGUAGUUAUGCAGGUCAUGAUCGAGUGCCAGUGGCAAACAGGCGUGUCCCAUGGUAACCACUGUCUGACUUUAGUCUCAACUCAAACACACAGGUAUACUCAAAACUCUGUGUGACUACAAAUGACAAGAUUUCAGCAUGGCAGCUCUAUGGUUGAUCAGAUGACAAAACUCAAACUCAAACUGCUGGAGAAGAGACUAGAAAACAAAAAGCACAAUAUGGACGACAGAGCCGAGUCUGCCCAUUCUGCAAGGAGUUAUGAUGAUGGACAGUUGGAUCAACUGCACCGUGCACUGAGGCGAAAGCAGGACCUACUGCAAAGACUCAGGGAGCAGCACAUGUUAGAGGACCUCGACAGACCUCACACCUGGGGAGGGACACACAGAAAGUACAAGUCACAUUUCUUCAGUGCCCCUCAGCCACCUCCGCCACUCCCACUCCACCAGCCAGCCCCUGCUCUGACCUUUCUCACCCCUCCACCACCACCUGCCCCGCCUCAGCCUCCACGCAUCAUCCAACAGACUCUACCCCAGCAUCCUGCCACCAUCAUACAACAGCUGCCGCAACAGCAGCCUCUGAUUACUCAGAUCCCCCCACCUCAGCCCUACCCCGCACCACGCUCAGGCAGCAUCAAAGAGGACAUGGUGGAAUUGAUGCUGAUGCAAAAUGCUCAGAUGCACCAGAUCAUAAUGCACAAUAUGAUGCUUAAAGCCAUGCCUCCUAUGCCACCACCUGGAGGGCCCAGUCACUGUGCCCCUCUAACUACAUAUCUUGGUCAGGACAGUUACCAGGGAAACCCCAUUUUUGUAAGGCCAGAUGUCAAACCAAGAGGAAGUGCUGUCCAUCAUCAUCAUCACUACGGUCCUACCCCUGCAGCACCACAGCUGCCUCCCAUCAGCCACCCUACAUGGCUAUCGACGGUGUCACCUGUCCCAGCAGGACAAGCAGGGGGACAUCUACCGUCAAUACACCAUGUAACAGCCCCUUUCGCACUCCCACCACUCAAUGCGACUCAGAUAUCACUCUGAGAGUCCCCUGUUGUCUCUGAUUCAAAGAAGUCAGAAGUGAUGCCCUGCUGCAUAAGACUGGUCAAACAUACAAAACCUAAAAAGAACUAACUAAAGUAACUUAUAAGGGGUCACUAACUUAUGGUUUCUAACAUAAUUACAUAAACCACUUCUAAUAUCAAGUAACAUUUGCAUCAAAAUGAAUGUGUGAACACAUAUUGAAGGAGCAUUCAUUCAGAUUAUUGAAUGCUCCUUAAAUUUUAUAUUUCUUAUGGACUUUUAUCCUUUUACUGUCACAGAUCCUUUUAUCCUUUAUUAAACUGAUCCUUCUGUUGUUCUUAUUCAGUCUGUUUAUUAAUUUAUUAGUUAGUCUAAUUUACAUCAGUAAUCGUUUUGGGUCCUGUUUUAUAUAUAUUUUUUAGCUUACAUAUAUUGUUUUUGUUGUUGUUGUUGUCAUGUUUUAUCUAUGUUUGUAUGUACAAGCUGCUC